UGAUGCAUAGUUUAUAAGACGAAACGGUAACAACUUAAGUCAAUUUGCGCUCUUGGUCAUAAUUAAAACAGUUAUUUUAACAGUUAGAGAAUUGGAACUGAUCCAUUACUACGACAAAGUCUUAUUAGAUAAGAAUAAGAUCGUGUAAUAUGAGGCUAUCGAUGAUGAUCAAAGUGGCGUUUGCCGCAUUGAUUUGCCUGCUAGUAAGGCCAAGUGUUGGUACUCCUUUGUCAGAAAGAUUCUCAAAAAGAUUCGCAAGGAGUUUAGCAGACGAGGAUCCCAUCGUCGACCUCCAGGUUGACAAGACUGACGAUUUCGCACCACCGCAUUUGGUGAAAGCCCUGCUUCAGGCUAUCGUUUCGAACGACACUUCGCUCAACCAGUACGCUUCAGGCAUUGGACACCCAAGACUGCGCAAAGCUCUGGCGGCAUUUUACUCAAAGGUGAUAGACCGCGAGCUUGACUGGCAAAAGAACGUGAUCGUGACGGUCGGCGCGACCGAGGCGGUAUACGACAGCUUCCAUGCGCUCACCCGAUCUGGCGACGAGUGGAUCGUCGUUGAGCCAUUUUUCUCGAAGUAUGCUCCGACCAUCAAACUCGCCGGUGGCAUUCCCAGGUUCACUUCUAUGAAAUUGACGAAAACGAGCGAUGAAAUAACUGGUGCCGACUGGGUUCUGGACAAGAAAGAGAUAAGGAGCCUCUUCAACAGCAAGACCAGAGGUAUAAUACUUAAUAAUCCGAACAAUCCUACCGGAAAGAUUCUAACGAUCGAGGAGCUUCUGUUUGUUGCCGAUUUGGUGAAGAAGCACGACGCUUACGUUAUCGCUGAUGACGCUCACGAGUGGGUGCUAUUCGACCCGGUCAAAACUCCCUUCAUCAGGAUGGCACAAUUACCUGGAAUGUGGGAGCGUACCAUCACCAUCGGUACGGCCAGCAAGUCCUUCACCGUCUCGGGAUGGAGGGUCGGUUGGGCCUAUGCACCGGCGAACCUCAUCAGUCGUCUCCUUGAGAUUCACACCAAAGCCGUACAGAGUGUUCCCACCCCACAGCAGGAAGCCGUGGCCUUCGGCUUUGAAGAAGAGCUUCGUCUUUACGGUAAACCCGAAGGCUACUUCGUCUCCAAAGCACGCGCCGUCCGCGAGAAGCACAACUUCAUGUACCAAGCUUUCGUCGACGCCGGUAUGAUCCCCAUCCGUCCCGACGGCGGAUACUGCAUGCUCGCCAGGUGGCCCAGCUUCGAUGAUCACAGGGAGCUUUUCGAUGGCCAGGAGAAGGCUGUCGCCUUCGAGAAUUUCAUGAGCCAAAGGAUCAACAUACUUGGUUCCACCAUGGCUGACUUCUACAGUACCGAACAUCGCUAUAUGGGCGAGGACUACAUUAGGUUCUGUCUGGAAAAGAGAAACGAAACUUUAGUUAGAACUGCUAAUAAUUUGAAAAAGCUGCGGACCUUCUGAAUUCUUUUAAAGACCGAUGCCGCUUGAGUUUCUCACAGUGAUGAGGCGAUGUACUGAUGUAUUUGUUUGUAAAAUACUGCAUCAUUUUUUUAUAACUGUGUGUAGUAUAAUUGUUAAAUAAAUAAUUUCGCAUGUUGGAUGAUAUAACAAGCGAGAUUUAGGCUUGGAAAUUUCAAUGCUGAAAAUAUAAGUGCUUUACUAUGAUUUUUAUUGUUUUAAAACUUUGCCAAACAUAGAGAACAUAUAAGCGAGUUCGACUUGUUAUUGCUACCUAACAUUUUAAAAGACUGUAGAGCAAUAAAAUAUAGUUAUUACAAUAA